UGCAUGGGAAAUAGCUUUUAUAAAAUGGUGUUUAAAUAGAAGACAGAUGUUUUCUUGUUUGAUUUUGUUUCUUUGUGUCCCUUCCUGCAAUUUUUUUGCAUUUAGAGCUGAGAGGCAAAAUGGUCCAUGCCGAAGCAUUUUCGCGCCCCCUGAGCCGGAAUGAAGUGGUGGGAUUAAUAUUUCGUUUAACCAUAUUUGGUGCUGUGACAUAUUUUACCAUUAAAUGGAUGGUUGAUGCCAUUGAUCCAACCAGAAAACAAAAAGUAGAAGCUCAGAAGCAGGCUGAAAAACUAAUGAAGCAAAUUGGAGUGAAAAAUGUCAAGCUUACUGAGUAUGAAAUGAGUAUUGCUGCACACCUCGUAGACCCACUUAGCAUGCAUGUAACCUGGAGCGAUAUUGCAGGCUUAGAUGAUGUUAUAACAGAUUUGAAAGACACUGUCAUCUUGCCCAUCAAGAAGAAAUAUUUGUUUGAGAAUUCCAGGCUUUUACAGCCACCAAAAGGGGUCCUUCUCUACGGCCCGCCCGGCUGCGGCAAAACGCUGAUCGCCAAGGCCACGGCCAAGGAGGCCGGCUGCCGAUUCAUCAACCUCCAGCCUUCGACGCUGACCGACAAGUGGUACGGAGAGUCCCAGAAGCUGGCUGCUGCCGUCUUCUCCCUGGCCAUAAAGCUCCAACCGUCCAUCAUUUUUAUCGACGAAAUAGAUUCCUUCUUACGAAGUCGAUCCAGUUCUGACCAUGAAGCUACAGCCAUGAUGAAAGCUCAGUUCAUGAGCCUGUGGGACGGGCUGGACACCGACUACAACUGCCAAGUAAUAGUGAUGGGAGCCACCAACCGUCCUCAGGAUCUGGACUCUGCGAUCAUGAGGAGAAUGCCGACCCGCUUUCACAUCAACCAGCCC